UUGUGGUUUAAAAGAUUGGCCACGUCAAUUACAUGAAGACUGCUCUGCAAUCUCUCUCGUGGACAAUCAUAUCAGCAAGCUACCUGAAAAUUUGGUAUGUCCAAGACUCCAGAUUUUGCUACUAAAAGGUAAUUCAUGUAUAGAAGAAAUAUCAGAAACAUUUUUUCAGAGUCCAAAUGAAUUAAGGGUCUUAGAUCUUAGCUGGACUAGCCUUUCAUUACUUCCCCAAUCAUCCAGUCUCCUAACCAACCUCCAAGCUUUGUAUUUAGGUAGUUGUGACAUAACUGACACUUCCAUACUAGGAAAACUUAAACAACUUGAGAUUCUUAGUAUAAGAAAUUCACGUUUAAAGGAAUUGUCGAUAAAAGUAAGAGGCUUGACCAAUCUAAGGAUGUUUGAUAACACUGGUGGAAAUAUUGGGAGAAUUCCACCCAAAGUGAUGUCAAAGUUGCGUAAUUUAGAAGAAUUAUACAUAGAAGGAUUUAAGGGGUGGGGGAGUAAAGUUGAGGGAGCAGGAGAAGAAACCAAUGCUGGCUUUGACGAGGUAACUAGCUUGUCAAAAUUAAGAGUUUUGAAGGUUAGUAUGUUAGAUGUAGAAUGUAUCCCCAAGUAUGUUGAGUCGAUACCAGCUGGGGUUGAGUUUCAUAUACGUAUAGGUAGGUACGAGCCAUACGAGAUGGAACUCUAUGAUCUACAUCGUGGACAUCGUCGUAACACAAUAUGCUUGAAGCUUGACUUGAUCAGUCGCUUACCGAAGUGGUUUUGCAAGGAGAUAAUGAAGAUAGCAGAGAGUCUAUGUUGGAUAAAGGCCCGAAGGUUAAUUGACAUAUUUGUGGAACAUGAGGAUGGGAGAUUACAGGGACUGAAGCAUCUACAAAUAGUGGGUUCAAAUCGAGGCAUAACGGAGGUAAUUCCCACAAUAACAUUGGUACCAAAAAGAUCUGUGUUUGAGAAUUUGGAAGAGUUCCACUUGGUUCGGCUGGAUUGCGCGGGGUUGUGCGCCAUUGAAUUUCUACCACCUGGGUCUCUAUUCAAUUUGAAGGUCUUGAAGGUAGAAACUUGUUAUAAUUGGGGGAUUAUACUUUUACCAUCUCCAUUGUUACAGAGACUACCAAAUUUGGAAGAAAUGCUUGUUUAUGGCACGGACGGGAGUAAAUAUAUGUUUGGGUAUGAGGCAUUGCUAGUGUUACGGCAAUUAAAAUUGAGAAAGAUAGAUUUGUUCAAUCUAGCUACAGUAAGCAUAUGUGAUGGACCUACUCCACCUGCGACGUUUCAGAAUCUGCAGAGUUUUUCCAUUACAUACUGCAAGUUUCAGGGAAGUCUCUUCAGCUAUGAUGUUGCUCAGUGUCUUUCUCAGUUGAACUCCUUAGAAUUGGAGAAUUGCCUUUAUUUGGAAAGGAUAGUAGAAGCAAGCAACAAGAAGAUCAUCCUUCCAAAAUUGAAGCAAUUAUGUUUGAGUGAACUUCCAGUCUUGUACUACGACACCGCUACUUUUGAUAUGGAGUGCCCUUCGUUGGAAGACUUAUUUUUGCGGAACUGCCCCAAAUUUUCAGCCUCUUCUUCUGACUUCCACAGCAAGAAACAAGUUCAACUCAGAUGGUGGACAGAGGACUAAUUGCAAUCAAUACACCGCAGAGACCUUCCGUGGCCCAGAAGAAUAUCCCGCAUUUGAUUGUGAAGUUGUAUAACUCUGUUGUGGAUAAUAAAUUUAUAUAUUUUCAUUUUGCCACUUUAUAUCUUCUUCCUGGUUCUACGUCUUUCAGACGUGCAUCUGUAUCCAUUGUUGAUUUGAUAAUAAGGAAAAUCAGAUGUAAUUGAUAUUCCUUGUGU